GCCGAGCCGCUGUAGCUAAAAUUUUUCACCUGAACGCUUUUGUCGCUUUCUUCAUUAUUGCAAAAAAAAAACGCGUUGGCUUGGGGAGUUUCUUUUUUCUUAAAAAUAAAGUCUAUUAAUAGAUUUACAUAAAAAAAAUAAUUUUGUGUUUGAUUAGAAAAGUAUAUUGUGCUGUUUUCUAGAAACAAAAAAAAUGUCUUGCUUUAUACGUUUACGUGGACUACCAUGGUCGGUAACUCAUCAAGAAAUAUUGGAUUUUCUACAAAACGUUAACGUUGUAAACGGCACAAAAGGUAUUCACAUGGUACUCAGUCGGUGGGAUGGAAAAAAUACAGGCGAAGCUUUUGUAGAACUUGAAAGUGAAGAAGACGAAAACGAAGCAUUCAAGCUAAAUAAAAAUACCAUCGGCCAUCGUUAUAUUGAAGUUUUUUCAGCUACUAACGAAGAAGCCGAACAUGCGCUCAAAAAUCUCGGAUCGAAUGCUUCAAAUGUCGUCAAACUUCGUGGACUUCCCUACGAUAUCAAUGACGAAAUGAUUGAAGAAUUUUUCAGCGGCUUAAACUUAAAGCGCAAUGGCAUUCUAACUUUAAUGGAUAGAAGGGGACGAGCUACAGGCGAAGCGUAUGUUCAAUUCGAAAAUGUCGAUGAUACUGAACAGGCACUUUUAAGAAAUAGAGAAAAAAUUGGUCACAGGUAUAUUGAAAUAUUUCGGAGUUCGCUGGCCGAAAUGCGCCGUCAAUCUAACAAUCGUCCCGGACCAUAUGACAUCAAAGAUCGCGGGGGUUUCCGCAAUAAUCGUGAUGAUUUUGGAGGCAAUUCAGGAUUUGGCAACAAUAAUAAAAACGGAUUUGGGGGUGGUAACAAACCCAUGGGAAUGAACAACUCUGGCAACGGGUUAAAUCGUAAUCAAUUUGGGAUGUUUGGUGGAGGUUUAGGAGGGUUUAACAAUAGUAAUAAUUCUGGAAAUAAUUUUGAUAGACCGAUGAACAAUAAUUUUAUGGGUAUGCCUAACAACUCUUCUGGCGGCGGCGGCGGUGGGAACAAUCGUGAACAAAAUUUCAACCAAGGUCCCUUUUGGAAUAAUGAUAUGAAUAGAAAUAUGAGAGGUGGUGGUCUCAAUGAUGAUAUGGGUCAAUCUUUUAAUAAUGGUGGCAACAGGGGAUUCAACAAUGAUAAUAGCGGCAAUAACAUGAACAGCUCAUUUGAUAGAGGAAAUAAUAACAGAAUGAGUCUGAUGGGUGGUGGAAAUGGAGGUGGUGGUGGAAUGGGUGGAGGUGGAAUCCAUAAUAUGGGAAAUCAGAAUAAGUUUGGGAACAAUAGGGAUUUCCAAGGCGAUAACAACCUCUUUUGCAUUCAUAUGCGGGGCCUCCCAUAUAAUACUUUUGAAAAUGAAGUAUUUAAAUUCUUCCAACCUGUUCGUCCAGAGAAUGUGAAAAUCAUUUUCAAUAAUAAGGGUUUGCACAGUGGCAGUGCAGAUGCAUAUUUUGCAUCAUACGACGAUUCCCAACUAGCAAUGAAAAAACACAUGGAGCAGAUUGGAAAUCGUUAUAUUGAAUUAUUUUUCGAUGGUAAAGGAAAGGGCAACAGCACUGGGAAUUCUCGUCAAAAUAACCAAAACUUUUAGAAAUAUAUUUUUGAAUACGUAAUAAAAACCAUUUAAUUUUGUGCCCAUUAUCAAAGUUAUAUUGAUGGCAAUGAAAUAAAAUAAUUCUUCACGUAUUUUAACUCUUAACCGAUGAAGUUAUAAUAAUAACUUAA